CGGGGGGGGUGUUCGGGAACCCCAGCGCUGCCGGCGGCUCCCCCGCUGCUGCCGGGGCACAGCUCCAUGUGCUUCGUGCCGGGGGGCUGCGGCGGGGGGCAGCUCUGCCGCCCUCCACCGCCGAGGCUCAGUUGUGCCUUCUAUCCCUCCUCCCUCCAUCAUCCUACGGAUGCGGCUCUGUCAGUCCCACACUGGGCUCACCCCCCUCGGGCUCUGUGCUCCUACCCCGUCCUGCCUUCAAACGUGCACGGAUUGAGGUAAACAUCUCUGAUUUGGCUGCAGAAGAGAAGACCUCAAGAGCAAAGCCCUGCAAUGUGUUGAACUGUGACAUGCAAGGAAAUAUGGGAUAUCCUGUUGGACAUGUCUUGUGUGUGGUGUGGACUGGGACAGGAGCCCUGAGGAUACAGCUGCAGUGCUCUGCCACCGCUGCACGGCUCCCCUGAGGCCGGGCUGGUUCUGCUGGGAGGACUUCAAAUAAAAUGAAGGUGUGAAAUAAACCAGUGUCUGGAAGGACCUUGGUGUGACAAGUGUUUUUUGUACCUAGGCUGGUACAGCCAGCCAAGCGCUACAUCUCCACUCUGAAGGACUAGGAUGCAAACUAGUCCAGUUCAGGUACCGCUUUGAUGCUGCUUCCACUUGGACAUCUCCAGAGCCUGCCCCAUGACCUUGGGACCUCGGCUGGAUGCUUUUCUUCUCCCUCCCGCCUUAUCUCAGCACCUCAGGACACCUCUUUUAAAGUCAUUUGUCAUUUCAGCUCUGCUGCGUGAGUGAUGCAGGGGCUUUAAUCCAGGAUGAAUGAAUGCUACUAUGAUAAGCGCAUGGACUUCUUUUAUAACAAGACAAACACUGACACAGUAGAUGAGUGGACAGGGCCAAAGCUUAUUGUUGUUCUGUGUUUUGGGACAUUUUUCUGCCUCUUCAUCUUCAUUUCCAAUUCGUUGGUCAUUGCGGCUGUGGUCAAGAACAAGAGGUUUCAUUUUCCCUUUUACUAUCUCCUGGCCAACUUAGCUGCCGCAGACUUUUUUGCUGGAAUUGCCUAUGUCUUCUUGAUGUUCAACACUGGCCCAGUGUCUAAGACAUUAACCGUUAACCGCUGGUUUUUGCGUCAGGGUCUUCUGGACACCAGCCUGACAGCUUCCUUGGUGAAUCUCCUCGUCAUAGCUGUUGAGCGGCACAUGUCAAUAAUGCGGAUGAAGAUCCACAGUAAUCUCACGAAGAAGAGAGUCACCUUUUUAAUUAUAUCAAUUUGGGCCAUUGCUAUUUUCAUGGGUGCUGUUCCUACCCUGGGUUGGAACUGCCUCUGCAACAUUACUGCCUGCUCAUCCCUGGCACCUCUUUACAGUAGGAGUUACUUGGUGUUCUGGAGUGUCUUAAACCUCGUUGUCUUCUUCAUUAUGGUGGUGGUUUACAUAAGAAUCUACAUGUACGUCCAGAGGAAAACUAACGUCCUGUCAUCGCACACGAGCGGAUCCAUUAGCCGUAGGAGAACCCCUGUGAAGCUUAUGAAGACUGUCAUGACUGUCUUAGGUGCUUUUGUUGUCUGCUGGACCCCUGGCCUGGUUGUCUUGCUGCUCGAUGGUCUGAACUGCACCUACUGUGGGAUCCAGAAUGUUAAAAGGUGGUUUCUUCUCCUGGCCCUGAUGAACUCUGUCAUGAAUCCAAUAAUUUAUUCCUACAAAGAUGAUGAGAUGUGGGCUACCAUGAAAAGGAUGAUCUGCUGUUCCUCUGAGGAUAAGAGCCAAGACAGGCGCUCCUCACGGAUCCCCUCGACAGUUCUGUGCAAGAGCACAGAUACCUCAGGGAACUACAUUGAAGAUGGCAUUAUUCAAGGGACAAUUUGUGGAAAAGGAGAUCUUGGUGACAAAGGAAACUCCUGAGCUGUUCAAGGGACUGACUUGGCUGCAAAAGGAGAGGGGGAAGGGAAAGGUUUUGUAAGAGAAGAUUGACUGGCAAAGCUAGUAAACAAUAUAUCCACUUCGUUCCAGAGCCUAAACUCCAGUGUUAACAAAAGUUCUUAUAAAUAAUUGCCUGAUGGAAAACCACUUUGUGAUGAAGAAAACUUUCUGUGCUGCAGUCUUUCUCUUUUUUUUCUUUUAAGUACAUGAAAUUGGGGUGGUUUUUGUUUUUGGGUUUUUUUUUUGUAUGAAUGGAAUAAAUACAUCUCAGAGGCUUUUUGUGCAUGGAAACAAAAUGUAAGCAACACCGUGAGACCCUCCUUAAGCUCCUCCAGAGAGAACAGAUGUGCCUUACUGUGCAGGCUUGGCAUUCAUUGACUAUUUAUGCUUUGACGAGUUUCUGUGCAUCUUUAGGAGGUGUUCCUGCCCAUGGUAGAAGGGCUGGAACUUGGGUGGUCUUUAAAGUCCCUUCCAACUUAAACCGUUGUGUGGUUCUAUGAUUGUAGGCUUGGUUGGACAGAAUUGUGACCUGUUCUGUUGGGUUACGAAGUUGAUGAAAUAGUUCCUUCUUACCUUCUCCUUCUCUUGCUUUCAAAAUAGGUAGUUUGAUGGUUUGUUAAAGCUCUGCCAGAAAUCUGGCUGUGAUGGGAAGCCCAAACCAGGUACCGGUUGCACAUGAGUACAUCCAAUCAUGGAUUGUCAGGUUCUGAGAGUAGAAAAAGCACAAAAGCCAUUAUUCCUUCCAGAGAGGGUGAAUGCUGCAAGAAGCGUUGCACUCCCUGCUGCUGUUGUGCAGGCAGACGUUUGGGGAGGAUGAACAGAAGAGCAGUGUGGCUGUGUUCACUUCUUCCUUCCCCAGAUAACAUCAGAGGGGUGUGCUCACCCGCUUUUAUCUGCUGUGCCACUGAGAGGAAUGCAAUCCAAACCUCUGUUUUAUGACAGCAAACUUCUAAGUGAAGUUUAAAUAUGCCUAUAGACAGCUUCAAUCGAGUUAUUUAAAAUUGAAAUGAAUUUAUAGGAAAAAAAAGGCUCAAACCAGCCUAAGCCCCUCCGUGACUCCAGUGUGCAUCAAUUGUCUGAUGGCAUCUGGAGCACAUUUCACCUCUAAUAUACAAGCAGAUCUUCCUGGAAGGUACUUGAGGAAGAGGCCAUGAAAUGACAAGAGAUGAAGGACUUUUAACAUUGUGACUGAUCAAGUCUAGUGUCGAUGUAGCCACAGACCAAAAAGCUGAAGUUUCGACUUUUUGCUAGUGGAGCAUCCAGAAAUUUAAACCUCAAAAGUGAAGCUUUUGACAUUUAAACUUCGAAAUUAAAAAUGGGAACAUAGAUUUCUAGAAGCUCCUAAAAGCCUGUCUCCUUCUGUCUGGUUGGAACAGCAGUGAGCUCACUGUUACCUGUCUUGAUUUCAAGAGGAGUUAGCUGUGUUGUCCCAGAGAAAGUCUGAUCCCUGGUCUUAAAGUAGGUGACCAUGACCAGAGGAACUGGAAAUUCUUCCAAUCCUCUUCCAUUUUGGAAAAUUUUGGAGAUUUUGACCAUUUGGAAUUGUCGGAGAACACAUUGUAUGAGACUGAAAGAGCAAGAUCAGCCGUGGUUUGGGCAAAUUCUUCCUUGGGUGCAACUGGCAUUUGGAUUGCGGUGUGAUCAAAGCAGAAUAAGCCCUUGGCUCAAAGGCCGAGCUGCAGCUUUGUAGAAGGCACUGAGGGAUUUCCUAGCGGGCCUUGGCUUACAAACACAACAAGCCCCUUUCACGCAUCUCUCCCACACCAUGAGUUACCUUGUAGGGAUAUGGCCUAACGUGUCAAGGUAGAUGCUGUAUUUGAGUAACGCUAAAAAGGUUUACAUGUUUUUUUUUGCCAUUAUAAUGCAACGUUCUUGUGCAAAUACUACUUCAUUAGUUUGGUGUUUUGAAAAGUAUGUAAAGUGGUGCUUUCUAGAGCCAGCGGCAUUGCGAAGGCAUAGUCUGCGAGUGUUCCUGUCCCUGCUGCUACCUGCACUGCACGGUUUGUGUUAACUAGGCUGAAGCUCCAUAUACAA